AUGGUUUCAUUAGAUAUCUUACAACUAGAAUCGCUAUUAUUUCCUAUCCAGUUCCUCCACCACCGCGAACCCCAGUUAAAUUCAGGCAUGAUAUACUUUUUAGUUAUUGGGAGAACCCGAGUACUCUCUUUCGGAUCCAGGAAAGAACUCUCAGAGAUCUUUUUUCCUUUUGGAAGAUACAGGAGCGGAACAAUCAACCUAUUGAUAUUGGAAGAAUCAGAUGAUUCUUCCAAU